AUGUCAUUCCCCAGCUUUCAGAACGGGUGUAUCGCCCCAUCCAACUCUGCGACGGGUGUCUACCUCGCAGGGGUUUCGACAGCAGGCACCCUCGCCGUCUACUCUGUGGACAUCUCCAACCCCAACUCACCCACUAUCGCACACCUCGCCACCAACGUCUACAGUUCCUGGUCGCCCCAGGCCAAGAAGGCCUGCAUCGCCUUUCCUGGACUCCAGGGAACGGCCAACACUCCCUUUCUGGUGCAGCAGUUCGGAGUAGGAUCCACUGCGCAGGUCAAUGUCUACCCGAACGGAACCACCUGGGGAGCGUUCAGCUUCAAUAGUAUUUCGUUUAUGUCGCCUCAGUUGUAUAACUAUGCAGGUGCAUCGAAAGAAAGUGUCUGGAUUACUGCGGUGACCAACAACACCUACGUUGGAGGUGGACCCUGGACGGGAAUGCGCCUGAAUGCUACGGACAUGUUUGCGACAAUUGCAGAUCCCGUCUUGUCGAACUAUCCCUCAUCAACACCCUUAGUCUCUGUCGGCACAUAUAUCCCCACCGCCAACACCCCAGCCCAAGGAUACACCAUCGUCUUUGACCUCCUCGGCGGCGGAUCCGUUUACACAGCUCUCGACACCGCUGUGUCCAUGACAGGUGCAGACCGAGUCAUCUCGUUGUCCAGCCCUCGCGCUGUCGACAUGGGCGGUAUCAAACUCACCUCCAAUGUCAUCCCCGUCACCAUGGUUGGUGUCGCCUACCUCCUUGACCAGGCCCUCGAUGGUACCACAGUCCUGUACACAAUCGAUCCCAGCCAGGACAGCAAGUUGCAGCGCGUGUCAUUCCCCGGCAGCGCCCCCCUCUUCUCGCCCAACAUGCAGGCGACCGCUCUCGGUUCUCAGAUCGUGACCUACGGAAGUGGCAGUGGCAGCGCCGCCUCUCCCUUCAACACCUUCGACACCAUUGCGGCUACCUGGAGUGGACCCGGACUGGUCGUGCCCUCACCUAUCACCCCAACUUCGACUUCGGCUUCGACCUACCCAUCUCCCACAUCCAAGCAGACUGGCGAAGAAGGCGAUACAGAGUCGAAGACGCCUAUUGGCGCCAUUAUUGGAGGCGUUGUGGGCGCUCUGGUCAUUAUUGCCCUGAUCGUCUUCUUUGUGAUCCGUAGCCGUCGUAAAAACAGGGGAGUGGAGGAACAGUCGUCUGCAGAGUCUGCGCCUGCAUACAAUGACCCCGCAAAGCCUGACGGCGAUGUCAACUACAACAACAGCAACAUCGGCUCGCCUAACAUGACACAGCUGCAACAGGGUGGCUUCGACCCUCGUACUUCGUACUAUAGCCAGCCUCCCACAAGUCCCACCAUCUUCCAGACACAACCGGACUACUCCAACGGCCAGACGUCCUACAACUACUCGCCUCCAAUCUUCAACCCCAAUGCUCAGCAACCCACCAUCUUCCAGCCAGCUUCUAGCAGCCCCCAACAGAGUCAGGGUCAGACCUCGUACUCGCCUGCCCACACCGCUGUCCCAUGCAGUCCUACUGCUAGCCACCAGAAUCAGUCCAACCCACCCGGUACUCCUCACUUCAACGGCUACUCUUAA